CACGAUAGUAGCCGCCAUCGACCUCUCCGCAUUCCCCCUAAACACAUCCUCUCCAUCCUCAUCCAUCCCCUCCACCAACCCUUCUUCCUCUGCCAAAACAACGUCCACCGCUCGUGCGUCCCACGUACAAUACCCACAACACGAGCACAAUAAAAUGCUACCCGUCACGACGGCCAACCAGAGUGCGAAGACGGCCAAGAGGCCCAUCCACGGCGCGGGUCCGAAUCCGAUGGCGACGUCGAGACCGAGAGAGGCUGCUGGGUUGUUGGGCGCGGAUUCGAGCGCCGCGAGUUUGUUGCGGGCGAUGAGGAUGAUGGAGAGGUCGAUGGCGGCUACUAUCGUGCUGAGGAUUGCAGAGAUGAUGUUGAGGAUGAGACAGAGGAUGCGGGUUGCGCGGAUAAAGGGGAAGAGGGAGGUGACGAUUGUGAUGAGUGUGAGCGUGGCUCUGUGA